GACGAAUCCAUUUCCAACCUAGUGACCCUUGACAAGCCGUAUGUCAUCACGGGUCAGAAGGCCUUCAAGAAUAACGUCUCCUUCAGGAGCUUGAAUGUCUCUGGCUUUGUUGAUCAUGUUAAUUUGGCACGUUUGAAAGAGGACGCGGUAUAUAUAGAUAGACCAGGACAGGUAGUUACGGGUAAAAUAACCUUUGAUGAUAUCAUUAUGGCAGAGGAACUCGAGGUGACAGGAAAGGUUAACAAUGUUGAUUUUGUAAACGUUGUAACUGUAGACGGUGCUCAGACUUUCACCGCCCCUCAGACCGUCCGCAAUUGUAAAUUUGAGCAUCUGACCUCUAAUUCCAUUACAAUGGCUAAUCCCAUCGUGGUCAAUGGAAUUGACCUGACCAGCGUCAAUGCGAGGAGGAUGAGUGUGAGUUCUCUCUUUAACCAUAGUGGAACUUUAACUGUAACAGGUCCGGUUGAGGUCCGUAACACACUCUACACAAAUACCAUCAACAAAUUAGACCUGGAAAAGGAACUGGGAAAUCUUGUAACAUCAGAGAAAACAGUUGUCAUCGAUGGGAACGUCGUGUUUAGCAAUCUAACCGUGCGUGGCCCUAUCACAACUAGAGGUGGUGAAGGCGCCAACGGCAUCAAUCUGAAGGCCCUGAGUGAAAAUGCUGUUAAACUUGAUUCUGAUGGAACCUUGUCUGGCAGCAUCAGGUGGGAGAGUAUGAUACUGCAUCAAGGCAUCACUGGACCUGGACUCUUCCACUAUUACGACCUGAAGAAGUUGAGCGAUGAUGCAGUGUAUCCGGACAUCCCAAACCAAGUCAUAACAGGAAAGAAAACUUUUGCGAAAGGUCUCCGCGUGAAGGGUAACCUAGAAGCUAAGGAGAUUAAUGGACUCGACCUCCGAAGACAGCUCCUGACGCGAAACACCAAACAGACUAUCACGGCUCCGUAUAAAUUUGCACACAUUAUUGCCGAGAAAGACGUCAACAUUGCGAAAAAAUUCAAUGAAUUUGAUAUGAAGAAAAUUGUUGACAGUUUUAAGGAGAAAGAGAUCGUCUUGCGAGGCGACGUCACGUUCCACGGCCCCGUCAACGUUCAACGCCUCGAGGUGAAUGGCCUCCUGAACGGCCUGAACUUGACAGCCCGUUUGAACGACGCUGUCAGGUUGAACGACGCGAACGUCCCCGCCAUCACUGGCAAGAAGAAGUUCCUCCCAGCCACCCGAAGUGAAGAACGUCAAUGUGAGGUUCCUCAACGGCGUUCGACUUCGACGAUUUCCUCAAGCACGCCGUCAGUCACUGUAAAUGGAAGGGUUACGACCCCUGAAAUACGGACUAAGGAUUUACUAGUUAAGGGUUCAAUAGACGCCUUCAACAUGAAGAAUCUGGAAAAAGGUGCCUUAUAUCUAAACGAAGACAGGGUCAUCGAUGCAUCCCUUGUGAUCAAAGGAAACGUUCAUUUAGAGGGCAAUCUAGACACAACUUACCUGAAUGGCUUCAAUCUCGAGACUGAUUACUUACGCAGGGACAAAGUACAAACCAUCCCACACAACGUCACUUUCGGCAACAUAACGACCACGACGUGCACGUUGACGGCCUGGUCAACUCGUGGAAUCUGGCGAAGGAGGCUGAAAACACAACUACAGGCGGACAGAUCGUCACUGGUCUUAAAAGGUUCACAGGCUUCUGUGAAGGUUCUUGGGUCUGUAGAAGUGACUGGUAGGGUGGGCAAUGAUGUGAAAGUCAAGAUGGCAAGAGAUGCAGUGCAGCUGGACGAACCAGCCAAAUAUAGAAGCACCGAUAAUCAAGGCGUUGCUGUGUUGAUAAACAAUGCAACUUCAAGAGCUUUAAUUUUCAAGAAACCGCUGACAGUGAACCGCCUGACAAACCCCACCGGUAUGGUGAAUGGUAUCAAUUACACGGAGCUCUCAGAGAUGGCGUGGCUUGUCGACAAACCUGCUGUGAUUACAGGUAGAAUGGCUUUCAAUGCAGAAGUCUCGUUUAUGGAAGGAUUAGAUUCCAUUGGCUCUGGUGGCAAAAAUAACAUGGGGAAACUCCAGAUGGAGAUGAUGGCGCUGAAUAAAGAAAUCUCUACAAGAAUGCUGGAUCUAAACAAACAAUACAGCGAUCUCUGCAACUCCGUCCUUUCUCUGAAUGCAAAACUGCAGAAUGCCAUUUAUGAAGGCGAUUAUUUUGAGGGCGUUAGCAGAGAAAUUGUUCUGUUCAAACGCCAUUCUUCCUACGCAUUCCAGAGCAAAGGCGACACAUUCGUCAUUGUGAGCUGGGAAACUCCUAUCUGUGACUCGACUUUAUACCGAUUCAAUCCGACGACCUCACGCCUGGAGGAAUUUUUGAUAUUGGAUUCUGGUUACGCACACCAGUGGCUGUAUGUGGAGAGCAACAAAUCUAAGUUCCUCAUAAUGGCAGCUUCAACUCGAGACAACAACUGCGCCAGGAAGAGGAGCCACUCCUCGUACUGGGAGACUUGUAAUAACUACAAGAUAGGCGCUUUUGGUUACACCCAGAGGACAAUGAACCGGAAGUUUUCCUAUGCAUACCCAUUGAUGGUAUUUGUGGUUCAUCAAGAAUUGGUUCCCUGGGAGAGGAUAUCGCUGAAAUACUUCGGGGAGAGCAGAGUGAAAAAAGAUAUUGUUCAUUCUAAGGAUACCACGACCACCUACAAACUUAAUCCUACCACGCAGCACUUUGAACCGUAUUUGACUUCUGAUGAGAAAGUUGACAUAGCGCUGAGUUUGCUCCUCAAGGACUCCACAAGCGUCAUGUUCAGAUCCCAUAAAGGUUACGGUAAACUGAUCAUCAACGGGAAGGGAGGACCCAAAUUCGCCCUGGCACGCGACAUCACUGACGCAGUGCUGUUCGAUCAGUUUGAUCGGGUUUUUGUGGCCCUCUCUGCUCUCACGGACGAUCUGCGAAAUCCCGUCUACGUCCUCAAGCUGUAUUCAGUGGACCUCUUGACGAAAAGCUUCCACCGUCUGGAUCUGAAGGAGUUGCAAUUCCCAGCCAACCUGAGUUCCUUCUUCGCUGGAAACGACAAUACUGGCUCGACUUACAUAGUGGCUACUCAGGCUAAUCGACAUCCGACUGUGUAUACGUUGUUGGGGGAAAAACUGAAGUUUUUCACGGAGCUCGAAAAAAAAAACAAAUAAACGAGAGUCGAGUGGAUGCAAUACGUCCAGGGUGCCUCCCGAGCUGCCGAAUUCCUCCUUCCUGACCACUACGUUCUAUUAGGGCAGAAAGACAAGACCCUGGUCCUCACGCGACUCGUAAUGAAGGGCCUUUCCAAUCCGAAGGACGCUGCGGAGGAAGUUGAUUGCAAUAAGCAGUUCCUGGACCAAUAGCUCCUCGUCAUAGCGACGAAAAUCAUCUAUUUUAUAUCCUUCGUAUUGCACGAUUUCUCCUGCUGUUUAAAAGAUGAUUUAUUAAAAUCUAAGUAGUUUUAUAUAACACAAAUCCGUUUACCGUUAGUAAUUGUUAUAAUUAAGUGUGUUAGGUUAUCAUUGCAAUGCUCUUGUAUAAAUAAGUACAGGCGGGAAAAGACAAUCUCCUUAUCUGUGGGUAUUGCUUUAUCAACGAAAAGGCCAUCGUAUUUGCUUACAGGAUAAAAGGAAAUGCGUUGUUUGUAUCUCAGUGUACAGGUUUUAGUUUUAGCAGUUCUCAUCUGUAAAGACAGUAUUUGACUGUAUCUAACCUUCUACAAUAUAAUUAUCGAUAUAUUCAUGUAUUGGCGAGUAUCUGACUGUAUCUAAACCCCUGAAAUAUAAUAUUCGAUAUAUUCGCUGAUUGACGAAUUGCAGUUAAAUACGUCACUGGUAAAUUAGUGGUUUAUUUUAAAUAUCAUUAAAUUCAAGGUUUGUAGUUGAAUAUCAUCGUUAAAUUGAUGGGUUACAAUUAACAUAACUAAAUUUAUUGACUAUAGUUAAACAUCUUCGUAAGUUUAGUGGAUAAUAGUUAAACAUGGUCGUUAAAUUGAUGGACUAAAUCUAAAUAACACCCAUAAAGUGGUUGAUUUUAGUAAAUGUUUUCAGUUUGUUAAAGUUAAAACACCGUCGCUU